UAGUGACACCAUGAAAUUGCAUUAAACAUGCCAUUCACCGCUCGGCCUUACUUUCACACCAUAUGCGCUCAGCGCUAACUGGAUGUCUGAUGCUGCUUCGGAAGUUGAAAGCAAGAACGUGCAUGAAAAAGGAAGAUUUGUAAAUAUCGUUAAUAUCAUCGGGAUAAGACGCAUUUUACGGGCGAGCAUCAUUGCUUUUCAACAUUCUUUUCAACGAUUUACUUCUGCUGAAAUCUUGGAUACCUUAAUAUACAUUCAUUUCUUUGGGAGACACGAUUCUAAAGAAGCUGCAACUGAACAAGAGACGUAAAACAGAAGCGGAACUUCUAACAGACCGGUUUUACCCGGAUCUCUUAGAUUAUCUAAAAUGCACUUAUUUGGAUUAUCUCUCUUGCUCACUUAUUCAACAUUCCUCUACACUAACCUUGCUACUGAUUCAAGUACUGACUAUUAUGAUUAUGACCAAGAUCAAGGAGAUGCCGUGGAAGAGUCGGAGCGUCAGAGCCUUGAAGAGAAGUUACGUUCGGUGGCCAACGUCGAUGAACUUAUGAAGAUCGUUUACCCAAACUACUGGACCGUGCUCAAGUGUCGGUCCAAGAGAAGUGCCCGAUUCCCUCACAGAGAGCCCGUUUCUACGGAUACACAGUCCGAGGAGCCGCUCACAUACGCGGCGGCUUUCUUCGACUUGGACGUUCUCAAAAGUAUUGAGUCAGAGUGGAGAAAGACCCAGUGCAUGCCUCGAGAAGUUUGUUUAGAUGUGGGGAAAGAGUUUGGGGCGGCUACAAACACCUUCUAUAAACCACCCUGCGUAUCUGUCUACAGAUGUGCGGGCUGCUGCAACAGCGAAGAGUACCAGUGUAUGAACAUCAGCACCUCCUACAUCAGCAAGACUUUAUUUGAAAUUACUGUCCCGAUUACACAGGGGACGAAACCAGUUACCAUAAGCUUCGCCAACCACACCAUGUGUCGCUGCUUGUCCAAACUGGAUGUUUACAGACAGGUGCAUUCAAUCAUACGCCGAGCUCUACCAGAAUGUCAUGUGGCGAAUAAAACAUGCCCAAAGAACCACAGCUGGAGCAGUCGACUGUGCAGAUGUGUGAGACAGCAUGACACCCUGUUCCCGCCCCCACAGUCUGGUUCUGAAUCUUAUGAUCAUGACAUAUGCGGCCCAAACAAAGAGCUGGAUGAGGACACGUGUCAGUGUGUGUGUAAAAAACAGCUCAGGAUGUCCGGCUGUGGGCCAAACCGUUACCUGGACAAAAACACUUGCCAGUGCGCGUGUAAAGCCAAGCCCUCUUCGUGUGGACCGCACCAGACGUUCAACAAGGACACCUGCCAGUGCAGUUGUUCCAAAGUGUGUCCUAAAAGCCAACCGCUCAACCGCACCAAGUGCGUGUGUGAAUGUACAGAGACGCCAAAUAGGUGUUUCCUCAAAGGCAGGAGAUUUCAUCCAGCUACCUGCAGUUGUUACAGGCCACCUUGUGAGGUCAGGAGGAAGAAGUGUGAGGUGGGGUUUUCCUUCAGUGAAGAGGUUUGCCGUUGUGUACCGUCGUACUGGAGGAGACUGGAUUAA